UUGUUUCUGGACCAGACCGUGGCCCCUUCGCCAGCCCCCUUGGUCCCCCCAUCCUGGCGUGGCAACAGAGGCGAGUGCGGGAGGGUGCGCAGCCAUGGUGGACGAGGCUUACGCGAGCGUCCUUCAGGUCCGUGGCGGCGGCGUGAUGGGCAAAUGGCUCCCGAAGUUCGUGCGCGUGCAGGCGGGCGUGUUGGAGGUCUACCCGGACAGCGAGGGGCACGGCACGCCCGGCACCACGGCGAGGCGGGCCCAACCCCGCGGCGGGUGAAGGGCGAGUGCUGCAUCAGCCUGCACAGCGGCGGGAGGAUCCGCGCACGCGCGGACGAGCCAGAGGCGCUGAACUUGUUCGCGGACGCGCUCCAGCCCGUGCACGAGCCCGCCAGCGCGCGGAGGCCGAAGGUGGUCGUGAGGCCCAGCAAGGAGGCGGAGGCGUCUGGUGUCGCUGCCAGCAACGAGCGCAUCCUGCAGCCGCAGGUGGACGCGCAAGACCCAGGCAGCCCGCCGAGCAACGUGCCCGUGCACGAGAGGCUGUACGCCCACUCCACCGUGCAGCAGCAGCGGCUCGAGCAGAAGAGGCAGCAGAAGGUCAUGGAGGAGGAUCAAGCCAUCCAGGAACGUAUGGCCGAGUGGAACGCGAUCAAGCAGAAGAAAGAAGAGAGGAGGGCCAAGGACCCGAGCUUCAAUGAGGAUCCCCGCGACUUCCACGAGCGCGCCCAGGCGUUCGAGAUCGCGAAGCAGCUGAAGGUGAGGCAGAGGCGGGAAGAGAUGCUGAUGGAGGAGCAGAUGAGGCUCGAGGAGGAGCGCGAGAUGUCCAUGCCGACGCGCCAGGUCGGCGCAAACUACGACCCGUACGAGGCCGCCGACCGGCUGUACCGCAACGCCCUGAACAAGGGGAAGCCGAAGGAGGGCGGCGGCGAGUCGGACUUCUGGGAGGCCACAAGGAAGAGGAAGACAGAGGAGGAGCUGCAGGCCGAGAAGAAGGCCCAGGCCGAGAGGGAGGCCGAGGAGAAGCGAAAGGAGAAGGAGAGGCAAAAACGCGACAAGCUGGUGGAGGAUGGCAAGAAGAGGAAGCUGAGGAAGCAGGAGGAGGCAGAGAAGCAGAAGGCGAAGGCUGGUGAGACGACAGAGGACCAGGAGAAGAGCCAGAAGGCGAAGGAGAACAGGAGGAAGUCCACGGCGUGCGUGCAGCGCCUCGCGAAGCCGAAGUCGCCGAAGAAAGGAUCCCCAGGUGAUCCGAGCUCUACCUCGCAAGAUGCGAAGUCGUCGUCGCCAAAGGGCUCAGAGGCGAAGGCGAAGUCGCCGAAGUCGCCGAGGGCGGCGAGGUCGGCUUCCCCGAGCAAGGAGGGCAGGUCACAGAGGCUAGCGGAGCUGGCUGAGGCCGGGAGCCCGAAGUGCGGCCGGAAGUCGGUGCUCGCGAAGAGGGCCGAGAAGAUGCAGACUCUCCAGGAUCGGCCCCGCGGAUCGGGAGGACAAUGCCAAGCUCCACGCGUCGCGCGAGAAGGACAGCGAGAUGCGCGGGAAGCACGCGAGGAGGGCGGAGAAGCUGUGGGGGAUCGGGAGGUCCAGGAUCUCCUCCCAGACCAACGAGGCAGAGGAGUCGGACGAGGUGCUCGCCAGCAAUGA